AAAUUCAAAAAUAUUGAUAUUUCGUUUAAAACUACCGGUUCCAAAUGGUUGCUUCCAGUCAGCGAUUUUUGUGGAUUUCCUUUGGAUCAGGUGAACUUCUUGGCAUGUCAGGUGUUUGCCCUUGGUGCAGCCUUCUGGUUCCGUCUUUACCUCAGCCCUCAGUUUUCCAGCCCCGUGGUCCGCCAUGCCGUCGCCACACUCUUUGGCCUCUCCUUUGUCAUAUUCUGUUUUGGCUGGUAUGCAGUCCAUAUCUCCGUCUUGGUGAUGGUUUGCUACAGGAUUCUGGUCACAGCUGACAUCCACAACAUUCACAGGUAUACUAUGAUCAUGGCCGUCAGCUACCUCGCGGUGUGUCAGGUGAGCAGAGUCUUCAUCUAUAACUAUGGGAUCCUCUCAACAGACUUCUCUGGGCCGUUGAUGAUAAUUACCCAGAAAACCACUAUGUUAGCUUUCCAAAUGCAUGAUGGUAUGUGUAAAAAGCGGGAGGACCUCACGUCUGCUCAGAGGCUCCAUGCUGUAGACUCCAAGCCGUCUCUGAUAGAAUACCUGAGCUACAACCUGAACUUCCUCAGUAUCCUGGUGGGACCCUGCAGUCACUAUAAAGACUACAUAGACUUUAUAGAGGGGAGACACGUUCAGAGGAGGCUGAGGAGGCUGUCAGCGUCCAACACUGGACAGAAUGGAUAUGAUAAAGUCCCAGAGCCCUCACCUAUGGCUGCUGUCACACGUAAACUGCUGAUCUGUGCUGUGUGCAUGGUUUUGUUCCUGACCCUCACCAAAGCGUUCCCCGUCACAUAUAACGUUGACAGCCAUUUCGUCAACGAGGCACCUUUCCUAACCAGACUGACGUAUGCCUUCUUGUCUAUACAAGCUGCUAGACCCAAGUUCUACUUCGCAUGGACUUUAGCUGAUGCCAUCAACAACGCAGCAGGUUAUGGUUUUAAAGGUGUGGAUGAAGCUGGACAGGUAUCCUGGGACCUCAUCUCCAACAUCAGCAUCUGGGGGAUUGAGACAGCAACUAGUUUCAAGAAGUUCAUAGAUCACUGGAAUAUUCAGACUGUUGUGUGGCUCAAAACUGUGUGUUACGACCGUGCUCCCCGUUACCCCACAGCCCUGACCUUCAUCCUGUCAGCUCUAUGGCAUGGAGUUUACCCCGGAUACUACUUCACCUUUAUUACUGCUAUACCCAUCACACUGGCAGCGAGAGCUGUCCGUAAGAACGUCCGUCAGUAUUUCCUGUCCUCUUAUCCUGUGAAGCUUGUCUAUGACGUAGUGACCUGGGCCGCUACUCAGCUGUGUAUCUGCUACACCGUCAUGCCCUUCCUACUGCUGGCAGUAGAACCUACCAUGCAGUAUUACAGGUCAAUGUACUUCCACAUUCACAUCAUCAGUAUUCUGACUGUGAUUGUACUGAGCCAGAGCCACAAACCAGGAGGCAGCAGUAGCAGCAACAACGGCACCAAGCCUGGACCGUACGAUCCUCAUCCCCAGGCCCAGCCUCAGCUCCAGCCCUCCAACAACAACGUGAAAAGAAAGUGA